AUGGAUGAUUUGACGUUACUUGAUCUUCUGGAGUGUCCCGUGUGCUUUGAAAAACUCGAUGUCACGGCCAAAGUCCUCCCUUGCCAGCACACCUUCUGCAAACCAUGUCUCCAGAGGAUUUUCAAGGCCCACAAGGAGCUGAGGUGCCCGGAAUGCAGGACCCUGGUGUUUUGCAGCAUCGAGGCACUGCCGGCCAACCUGCUGCUCGUGCGUCUUCUAGACGGUGUGCGCUCGGGGCAGAGCUUGGGGAGAGGGGGCUCCUUCCGCAGGCCUGGUGUGCUGACCGCGCAGGACGGCAGGAGAGGCAAGAGUAACCCCAGAGCUCUACAGUCCAGCUCUUUCCGGCUGGUGCCUAAUAUCAGAAUCCACAUGGAUGGGGUGCCAAGAGCAAAGGCCUUAUGCAACUACCGAGGGCAGAAUCCCGGUGACCUGAGGUUUAAUAAGGGAGAUGUCAUCCUUCUGCGGAGACAGCUGGAUGAGAACUGGUACCAGGGGGAGAUCAAUGGAAUCAGUGGGAUCUUCCCAGCCAGCUCCGUGGAAGUCAUCAAGCAGCUGCCCCAGCCACCCCCGCUCUGCCGGGCCCUCUACAAUUUUGACCUACGAGACAAAGACAAGAGUGAGAGCCAGGACUGCCUGAGCUUCCUCAAGGACGAUAUCAUCACCGUGAUCAGCCGAGUGGAUGAGAACUGGGCAGAAGGCAAGUUAGGAGAUAAAGUCGGCAUCUUCCCAAUCUUGUUUGUAGAGCCCAACCUCACUGCAAGACACCUCCUAGAGAAGAACAAAGGCCGUCAAUCGGUCCGCACAAAGAACCUGUCUGUGGUACCCUCAUCCUCCCGAGGCAAAGCAGCCAACACGCCCACCCUCCGCAGGGGCCCUGGGUCCAGGAGGAAAGGGCCCGGGCAGUUCUCCAUCACAACAGCUUUGAACACUCUCAACAGGAUGGUCCAUUCUCCCUCAGGACGCCAUAUGGUGGAGAUCAGCACCCCAGUGCUCAUCAGCUCCAGCAACCCCUCUGUGAUCACCCAGCACACGGAAAAAGGAGAUAUUCCUCCCAGCUCUGUGGGGCAGGUCAGCACUUACCAUCCCAUACCUGGCUCCCCAGGACAUUCCGCGACCAUCGUCAAUCUGUCCAGCUCCCAGCAACACCUCUCAGCAAACAUGUUUGUGGCCCUGCACUCCUACUCAGCCCAUGGACCCGAUGAGCUGGACCUACAGAAGGGAGAAGGCAUCAGGGUCCUGGGCAAGUACCCAGACGGCUGGCUCAGGGGUGUCUCCUUGGUCACUGGGCGGGUUGGCACCUUCCCCAACAACUAUGUCAUCCCCAUUUUCAGAAAGACAUCUAGUUUUCCAGAUUCUCGGAGUCCUGGUCUCUACGCCACAUGGACGUUAUCCAACUCCUCUGUGUCCUCCCAAGGCAGCAUUUCAGAAGGUGAUCCCCAGCAGAACCGUCCCUUCAAGUCCGUCUUUGUGCCCACCGCCAUAGUCAACCCUGUGAGGAGCACAACCAGCCCGGGGACUUUAGGACAGGGCUCUCUUCGGAGAUCCGGGAGGAGCAGCAUGAGAAAGAGUAAGUGGUGGCAGAGAGCCUCCACGGUGGUGGCAGCGGAACUGGGACCGCAGCCCGCUCCCACCGGGGAGCCUGCCCUCACGUGUGUCAGCAGAGGCGGCGACACCAGGACCCGCUCAGCCGCCAGUUCCCUCAUCAUGGAAGGCAAGGAAAUCCCUGUCAAGAGCGAGCCUCUACCUAAACCACCUGCAUCCGCCCCACCAUCCAUCCUAGUGAAACCAGAAAACUCCAGAAAUGGCAGCGAAAAGCAAGUCAAAACUGUGCGAUUUCAGAAUUACAGCCCUCCUCCGGCCAAACAGUACACCUCCCACCCGUCAGGAAAGCCUGAACAGCCUGCCAUCCCCAAGGGGUCCCAGCCCGAAGCCGCCCCCUCAGGCCCAGAGAUGACCAUCCUAUUCGCCCACCGAAGCGGCUGCCAUUCGGGACAGCAGACAGACCUCCGGAGGAAGUCGACUUUCGGCAAGACCACCACCCCAGUGUCCACUGCUUCGGCCACACAGACCGUGUUUCCCAGCAAAUGAAUCUACGGGUGGCUUUUCCCAGACCCCAAAGAGGUGAAUUGCAUUUAAAUACAGUCUGCCU